UGAUGCUGGUGCCCAGAUAAAUUUUUGUCAGGAGACCGUUUAUAAAAGCUAAUUACAGUGUACACCCAUUAAGCAGCCAUUUGCUGCAGCAAUGGCUGAAACGACUGACCAAGAUCAGUCAGUGCAGUCUGUAGCAGACACUUCUGAGUUUUUAGGCUACAUUCGGAGAGUAGUUCCAGUGUUGUUGGACGACGAUGAUCCAGACUUGGCAGCACUCCAAAAGGCGGUAUCCGACAAGCAAACUAUUGAGGUUAUAAAGAAGUUUUUGAGCGAUUCUCAAUGUCCAACUCUGUUAAUACAGAGAACAUCGACCAAAGAUGAGGUGGCAGAAGGUGGUGCUGAGGUGGAGGGGACAACCACAUACACCAUUACUACUGGUGUCCAGUUCAUUAGCUCCAAGGUGGCCAGUAUGGUGUUGGUUAAGAGAGGACCGAUUGUUGAGGCUGACAAAGGCUUCCCUUCACAGCUGCGUGUGAUGAACUUCAGUGAGGGGUCGCCGUAUGAGACGCUGCAUGCCUAUGUCAGUAACGCCAUGGGACCGUACUUCAAAUCUUACAUUCGCGAGACAGGAAAAGCAGAAAGAGAUGGAGACAAAAUGGCACCGACUGUUGAGAAGAAAAUUGCAGAACUGGAGAUGGGCUUACUUCACCUUCAGCAGAAUAUAGACAUCCCUGAGAUCACCUUGCCCAUCAACCCAGUUGUGUCAAGUGUCAUCAAGAAGUGUUCCGAGGAAAACCGCAAGGCUAAGGUGGAGGACUUCGGUGAUAAAGUAGAAGAUGCUCAGUUUUUGAACAGCCUUCAGAGUGGUGUCAACCGGUGGAUUAGGGAGAUCCAAAAGGUUACCAAGCUUGAUCGCGAUCCAGCUUCAGGAACGGCCCUGCAGGAGAUUAGUUUCUGGCUCAACCUGGAGAGGGCGCUGCUGCGUAUCCAAGAAAAGAGGGAAAGCAUUGAGGUUGUGCUCACUCUGGACAUCCUCAAACAUGGCAAGAGAUUUCAUGCAACAGUCAGCUUUGACACAGACACUGGACUGAAGCAAGCUAUGGCUACAGUGAACGAUUACAACCAGCUGAUGAAAGAUUUCCCCAUCAAUGACUUGCUAUCCGCCACCGAGCUGGACAGGAUCCGCAUUGCACUACAAGGCAUCUUCAUUCACCUUCGCAAGAUCAGGCCAACCAAAUAUCCCAUUCAGCGAGCCCUGAAACUCGUAGAGGCAAUAUCACGUGAUCUGCAGACCCAGCUGCUCAAGGUGCUUGGUACCAGGAGGUUGAUGCACAUCCCAUAUGAUGAGUUUGAAAAGGUGCUGAGUGCCUGCUUUGAGGUCUUCACGAUGUGGGAUGAUGAAUAUGACAAGCUUCAGGGCAUGUUGCGUGAUCUUGUCAAAAAGAAGAGGGAGGAACAUCUGCGCAUGGUUUGGAGGAUAAAUCCAGUUCACAAGAAACUGCAGGCUAGGCUGGAUCACAUGAGGAGAUUCCGGCACCAACAUGAGCAGCUGCGUUCCGUGAUCAUGCGAGUGCUGCGUCCAUCCACCAGCAAGGGGCGGGCUGGAACUCCAAUGGUUGAGGAGCCAGACAACAAAGAUCCACUUGUCGAUGAAGCAGCUGAUGUUAAUGCCAUUGAGGAGGUGAAUCUUGCAUAUGAGAAUGUGAAGGAGGUUGAUGUUGUGGACACGUCCAAGGAAGGAGCAGAAGCAUGGGAAGCAGCCAUCAAAAGAUAUGAUGAAAGAAUAGAUAGAGUUGAAACCAGGAUCACAGCUCGCUUGAGAGACCAACUGGGAACAGCAAGAAAUGCAAAUGAGAUGUUCCGGAUUUUCUCUCGCUUCAAUGCUCUGUUUGUGCGACCUCACAUUCGUGGAGCAAUACGCGAGUAUCAGACACAGCUGAUUCAGAGAGUCAAAGAUGACAUAGAAUCCUUGCAUGAAAAGUUUAAGGUUCAGUAUGCACAAAGUAAAGCCUGUCGGAUGAGCAAAGUGCGAGAUUUGCCUCCAGUGUCAGGAUCCAUCAUCUGGGCAAGACAGAUUGAGCGUCAGCUGAAUGCGUUCAUGCAACGUGUGGAGGAUGUUCUUGGCAAAGGCUGGGAGAACCAUGUGGAAGGACAGAAACUGAAGAAUGACGGUGACAGCUUCAGAGCUAAGCUCAACACACAAGACCUCUUUGAAGACUGGACAAGAAAGGUUACAAAUAGGCAGUUGAACGUUGUUGGAAUGAUUUUUGAAAUAGUUUCUCAAAGACAAGCAAACAAGGGAAAUGUCCUUCGACUUGUGGUGAACUUUCAGCGUGAAAUUAUACAGCUCUCAAAGGAGGUGCGCAACCUGAGAUGGCUUGGAUUCCGAGUGCCAUUGGCCAUUGUGAACAAGGCUCACCAGGCCAAUCAGCUUUACCCAUUUGCCAUUUCUCUCAUUGAAAGUGUUCGCACAUACGAGGGCACAUUGGAAAAGGUUGCAGCUAAGCCAUCCAUUUCUCUUUUGCUGGCUGGUCUCAGAAAGGAGGUUCAAAACCUGGUAGCUGAUGGAUGUGCUCUGGUGUGGGAGUCAUACAAAUUGGAUCCUUAUGUGCAGAGACUGGCAGACACGGUUUUCAAUUUCCAAGAAAAGGUGGAUGAUCUUCUUGUGAUGGAGGAGGAAAUAGCCCUGGAGUUACGGGCCCUGGAAACCUGUGCUUACAAUGCCAGUACAUUCCGCGAGAUUCUGAGCAAGAUUCAGAAAUCUGUGGACAACCUCAGUUUGCACGCAUUCUCCAAUUUACCACAAUGGGUCUCAAAGCUGGACGAAGAGGUUGAAAACCAGCUUGCUGUCCGACUGGAAGCUGGUCUGGACGCGUGGACAAAAUGUCUGCUGGGCAAGAAGGAAGAGGAACAGAUGGAAUCCUACAUGGACACCGACACUGAGCCAAAACAAGUUGGUCACAAACUAGGUGGUGAACCACAGAUCAAGCCUUUCAUCCAUGAAUUGAGGAUUACGAACCAACUGAUUUAUGUCAGUCCUCCAGUUGUUCAAGCACGUUCCAACAUCAUGCAGGAGCUGUUUGCGUGGGAAGCUGUCAUCACAAGUCUGCCAAGAAUACAACACUCCAGAUACCAGGUUGGGUUGGAGGCUGAAUCUGCUUCUGAGACUGCCUAUCGGAAUGUGCUGACCAAGUUACCACAGGGAUCUCUCAUCCUCGAAGAUGCCUACUCUGCCAUUGAGAAGAUUGUGCUGGAAUUCAACAACUAUGUUACCGUGUGGUUGCGGUACCAGUCAUUGUGGGAUCUGAACCCUGAUGUGUUGUAUGGACGGCUGGGAUCAAACCUCACACUGUGGAUGUCAACACUGGAGGAGAUAAAAGCUUCAAGAAAAACUUUUGACACAUCAGAAACUGCCAAGGAAAUUGGACCAAUAGUUGUACAGUUCUUAAAGGUUCAAUCUAAAGUGACACUGAAAUAUGACUCGUGGCACAAGGAGGUGCUCACCAAGUUUGGAUCUUUGCUUGGAAAUGAGAUGUCCGAGUUCCAUGCACAAAUCUCAAAAUCGAGAAGUGAUCUUGAACAGCAGUCCAUUGACACGGCAAACACCAGUGAGGCUGUUGGACUCAUCACUCACGUGCAGUCUCUCAAGAGGAAGAUGAAGAACUGGGAGAAACAAGUGGAUAUGUACAAAGAAGGACAGCGUAUACUGGAAAGGCAGCGCUUCCAGUUCCCCUCCAACUGGCUGUACAUUGACAAUGUUGACGGAGAAUGGGGUGCAUUCGGCGACAUCAUGAAACGCAAGGACUCGUCUAUUCAGACCCAGGUGGCCAGUCUCCAGAUGAAGAUUGUGUCAGAGGACAAGGUGGUGGAGAGCAAGACACACGACUUGCUGACAGACUGGGAGAAGGAGAAACCAGUAGAGGGUGAAAUCCGACCGGAUGAAGCCAUCAAGGCUCUGACCAUCUUUGAAGGAAAAUUUUGUCGGCUGAAAGAAGAGCGAGACAAUGUUUCAAAAGCCAAGGAAGCACUCGAACUUGCUGAACCAGGCCAAGUUAGUCCCAGUGAGGAGCGAGUGCAGGUUGCCUUGGAAGAGCUGCAGGAUUUGAAAGGAGUCUGGUCUGAACUGGCCAAGAUCUGGGAACAAAUUGAUGAACUCAAGGAGAAACCAUGGCUGUCGGUGGCACCAAGAAAAUUGCGGCAGUCCAUUGAUGGUUUGCUGAGUCAGCUGAAGGAACUGCCAGCCAGACUCCGAGCAUAUGGAUCUUAUGAACAUGUCAAGAAAGCUCUACAAGGCUAUGCCAAGGUAAAUGUCAUCAUUGUGGAGCUGAAAUCUGAGGCUCUGAAGGAACGUCACUGGAAACAGCUGAUGAGAAGACUCGGCGUGAAUUGGGUUUUGUCUGAGCUCACACUUGGACACAUCUGGGACAUCAACCUCCAGAAACAUGAACAGAUUGUACGUGAUGUCAUCAUGGUUGCUCAGGGUGAAAUGGCUUUGGAGGAAUUUUUGAAGCAGGUCAGUGAGGUGUGGCGUAGCUAUGAACUGGACCUUAUCAGCUACCAGAACAAAUGUCGACUCAUCCGUGGCUGGGAUGAGCUCUUCACAAAAGUCAAGGAACACAUCAACAGUGUCACAGCCAUGAAACUCUCACCAUACUACAAGCAAUUUGAAGAAGAAGCUCAGUCUUGGGAGGACAAACUAAACCGCAUCAAUGCUCUGUUUGAUGUGUGGAUUGAUGUGCAAAGACGAUGGGUGUACCUGGAGGGGAUAUUCACUGGAAGUGCUGACAUCAAACACCUUCUGCCAGUUGAAACUACAAGAUUCCAAGGUGUAAGCACAGAGUUCCUGGGUCUCAUGAAGAAAGUUACCAGAUCACCUCUUGUUAUGGAUGUGCUGAACAUUUCCAAUGUACAGAGACAGCUGGAAAGACUUGCCGACUUGCUUGGAAAGAUACAGAAGGCUCUUGGAGAAUACUUGGAGAGAGAGAGAGCCUCCUUCCCAAGAUUUUACUUUGUUGGAGAUGAAGAUUUGCUAGAAAUCAUUGGGAACAGCAAGAACGUUCCCCGUCUGCAGAAACACUUCAAGAAAAUGUUUGCUGGCGUUUACUCCAUCGUACUGAACGAAGAUGAUUCCCAAGUGAAAGGACUCAUGUCAAAAGAAGGAGAAGAGGUCGUUUUUGCAUCAGCAGUGUCCAUCGCUGCCCACCCAAAGAUCAAUGAGUGGCUCACACUAACAGAAAAAGAGAUGAGAGUGACAUUGGCCAAGUUACUAGCAUCAGCCAUUGUUGAUAUGACAGCUUUCAAAUCGGGCCAAAUAGAGACCCAAAAAUACAUCGAGUGGGUUGACAAAUAUCUGUCACAACUUGUGGUGCUAGCAGCUCAGAUAUCCUGGUCCGAGAGUGUUGAAGCAGCUCUACAGAAUAUUGCUAACAGCGGCAAGCCCGAUAUUACACCACUGAAAGACGUCCUGAGAAGUGUUGAAUCCACACUGAACGUUCUCGCUGAUAUGGUGCUGUAUGAGCAACCCCCAGUUAGAAGGAAGAAACUCGAAAGUCUGAUCACCGAGUUGGUCCAUCAGAGAGACAUAACAAGAAUGCUGGUGAAACACAAUGUGAUUUCCCCCAAGUCGUUUGAUUGGCUGUCUCAGAUGAGGUUCUACUUUGACCCCAAGAACUCUGAUGUGCUUCAGCAGCUGUCUAUACAAAUGGCCAACGCGAAGUUCAACUAUGGCUUUGAGUAUCUGGGUGUUCAGGACAAGCUUGUUCAAACACCGCUCACUGACAGGUGCUAUCUGACAAUGACACAGGCUCUCGAGGCCAGGCUUGGAGGUUCACCAUUUGGCCCUGCUGGAACAGGUAAAACUGAAUCCGUGAAAGCUUUAGGAAAUCAGCUCGGUCGCUUUGUACUGGUCUUCAAUUGUGAUGAAACGUUUGAUUUCCAGGCUAUGGGCCGCAUCUUUGUUGGACUGUGUCAAGUAGGUGCAUGGGGUUGCUUUGACGAAUUCAAUCGACUGGAAGAACGAAUGCUGUCGGCAGUCUCACAGCAGAUUCAGACAAUUCAGGAGGCUCUCAAAGAAAUGUGUGAUCCAGAGAGAAAGACCGAGAAAGGAGUUCCACCAAUCACUGCCGAGAUCAUUGGAAAGCAGGUGAAGGUGAACGCAGACAUGGCUAUCUUCAUCACGAUGAACCCAGGCUACGCAGGCCGAUCCAACCUGCCAGACAACUUGAAGAAACUGUUCCGCAGUCUGGCCAUGAAUAAGCCAGAUCGGCAGCUCAUCGCACAGGUUAUGCUGUACUCACAGGGAUUCAGAAUGGCUGAGAAACUGGCCAGCAAAAUCGUACCUUUCUUCAAACUGUGUGAUGAACAACUGUCCCCACAAUCUCACUAUGAUUUUGGUCUGAGAGCACUGAAGAGUGUGCUGGUCAGUGCAGGGAACAUCAAGAGAGAAUGCAUACAGAAGGUUAAAGAGGACAUUGUGGAACGUGGAGAGACAGUUGACGAAACAUCCAUUGCUGAAAACCUCCCAGAACAAGAGAUUCUGAUCCAGAGUGUGAUGGAGACCAUGGUUCCCAAACUGGUGGCCGAGGACAUUCCACUGCUGCACAGUCUGCUGUCGGACGUCUUCCCUGGCGUUCAGUACACGCCCAACAUGAUGAAGGCUCUGAGGAAAGAGAUCAAGAAAGUUUGUGAGGAGAUGCAUCUGUCGUAUGGUGAAGGAGAUGAACAGGGAGCUCACUGGGUCGAUAAGGUAUUGCAACUGUACCAGAUCACUCUGCUGCAUCAUGGGUUGAUGAUGGUUGGACCCAGUGGCAGUGGCAAGUCCACAGCUUGGCAGGUCCUCUUGAAAGCACUGGAGCGACUCAAUGGCAUUGAGGGAGUAGCACAUGUUAUUGAUCCAAAAUCAAUAUCAAAAGAAGCUUUGUAUGGAAACUUGGAUCCCAAUACUAGAGAAUGGACAGAUGGUCUGUUUACUCACAUUCUGAGAAAGAUUAUUGACAAUGUGCGAGGAGAGCUGAGCAAAGUGCAGUGGAUCAUCUUUGAUGGUGACGUGGAUCCUGAAUGGGUGGAAAAUUUGAACUCUGUCCUUGAUGACAACAAACUGCUGACUCUGCCCAAUGGAGAGCGUCUUGGCAUCCCUCCCAAUGUGCGGAUCAUGUUUGAAGUGCAGGAUCUCAAGUUUGCUACACUGGCAACAGUGAGUCGUUGUGGAAUGGUGUGGUUCAGUGAAGACGUUCUGUCAACCGAUAUGAUCUUUGAUUACUACCUCCAAAAACUGAUGUACGUGCCAGUGGAAGAAUCUGAGGAUGACACGUGGCGGAGAAUGGGAGGUGGUGGAGAUGGCAAGGACGAUCUUCUGUCACCAACAUUAAGGAUUCAGCAAGAUGCUAAGGCUGUUUUCACUCCAUUCUUUGCGUCAAAUGGACUGAUCAACAAAAGUAUCGAGUACGCUGCUACCCUAGAGCAUGUGAUGGACUUCACCCGCCUACGAGCUCUCACCUCACUGUUCUCUCUGCUCAACCAGGGCGUGCGCAAUGUUAUAGCUUACAACCGCAACCACUGUGACUUCCCAAUGCAGCAAGAUCAGAUGGAACGCUACUUGUCCAAGUACCUGAUAUACUCAUUGAUUUGGUCGAUGUCUGGCGAUGGACGUAUUAAGAUGCGACAAGAUCUUGGAGAUUUUAUCCGAGGAACUACAACUGUUCCUCUUCCACCAUCCAACAUGUCAAUUAUUGACUUUGAGGUUGCUAUCAGUGGCGAAUGGCAGCCAUGGACUGCCAAAGUACCCCAAGUGGAAGUGGAGACACACAAAGUUGCCUCCCCUGAUGUUGUGAUUCCGACAAUUGACACUGUGCGACACGAGAGUUUGCUGUACACCUGGCUGGCAGAACACAAACCGCUGGUUCUGUGUGGACCUCCAGGCUCAGGAAAAACUAUGACCUUGUUCAGUGCACUGAGAGCACUGCCAGACAUGGAGGUUGUGGGCUUGAACUUCAGUAGUGCCACAACCCCCGAGUUGUUGUUGAAAACAUUUGACCACUACUGUGAGUUCCGUCGCACACCAAACGGAGUGGUUCUGUCACCGAUACAGCUCAACAAGUGGCUCAUUCUCUUCUGUGAUGAGAUCAACCUGCCUGACAUGGACAAAUAUGGAACCCAGCGUGUGAUAUCAUUCCUGCGACAACUCAUGGAACAAGGAGGAUUCUACCGAACGUCAGACCAGACAUUUGUGAAGUUUGAAAGAAUUCAGUUCGUUGGAGCUUGUAAUCCUCCCACAGAUCCUGGCAGGAAGCCUCUUUCACACAGAUUCCUGCGCCACGUUCCUGUUGUGUAUGUGGACUAUCCUGGAGAGACAUCUUUGAAACAGAUUUACGGAACAUUCAAUCGUGCCAUGCUGCGUCUGGUGCCAAGCCUCAAACCGUAUGCCGAACCACUCACAAACGCCAUGGUUGAAUUCUACAUGAAAUCACAGGAUCGGUUUACCCAAGACAUGCAGCCCCACUACGUGUACAGUCCUCGUGAGAUGACGCGGUGGGUACGUGGUAUCUGUGAAGCACUGCGGCCUCUCGAGUCGCUGCCCAUUGAAGGACUUGUCAGGAUCUACGUUCACGAGGCGCUCCGACUGUUCCAGGACAGACUAAUUGAAGAUGAUGAGAGACUGUGGACAGAUCAGAAUGUUGAUAUGGUGGCACUGAAGCACUUUCCCAACAUAAAUCGUGAUGAGGCAUUGACGCGCCCCAUCCUCUUCAGUAACUGGUUGUCCAAGGAUUACAUACCCGUUGACAGAGAAGAGCUGCGUGAAUACACAAAGGCUAGGCUAAAGGUGUUCUAUGAAGAAGAACUGGAUGUUCCCUUGGUUCUCUUUGACGAAGUGCUGGAUCAUGUUUUGCGAAUUGACAGAAUAUUCCGACAGCCUCAGGGACAUUUGUUGCUCAUUGGCGUCAGUGGAGCAGGGAAGACCACCCUGUCUCGAUUUGUAGCCUGGAUGAAUGGCUUGACUGUUUACCAGAUUAAAGUACAUAAUAAGUACACAGCAUUCGACUUUGAUGAGGAUCUCAGAAUUGUGCUUAGAAGAUCAGGCUGCAAGGAUGAGAAGAUGUGUUUCAUCAUGGACGAGUCCAACGUGCUGGAUUCUAGUUUCCUUGAGCGUAUGAAUACACUGCUGGCCAACGGUGAGGUGCCCGGUCUGUUUGAGGGAGAUGAAUACACCACACUAAUGACCCAGUGCAAGGAGGGCGCCCAGAGGGAAGGUCUGAUGCUGGACUCGGGAGAGGAGCUGUACAAAUGGUUCACACAGCAGGUACUGAAAAACCUGCAUGUUGUGUUCACAAUGAACCCAUCGUCAGAAGGACUGAAGGACAGGGCAGCUACAUCACCAGCUCUGUUCAACAGAUGUGUGCUGAAUUGGUUUGGAGACUGGUCAACUGGAGCCUUGUACCAAGUGGGAAGGGAGUUCACAAACAAGAUAGACCUGGAGAGAGGCAAUUACAUGCCACCAGGCAACUUCCCUAUUGCUUAUGAGAAUCUGCCGAUGCCCCCGUGUCACCGGGAUGCUGUGGUCAACGCAUUCUGCUUCGUCCACAUCUCUCUGUAUCAAGCCAAUGCCAGAGUGGCUCGACGGGGAGGCAGAGUGAUGGCCAUCACUCCUAGACAUUACCUCGAUUUCAUCCACCAUUUUGCGAAGCUGUACCACGAGAAGCGCUCUGACCUGGAGGAGCAGCAGCUUCACCUGAAUGUGGGUCUGCACAAGAUCCACGAGACGGUCGACCAGGUGGAGGAGCUCCAGAAGUCGCUGUCCAUCAAGCGCAUCGAGCUCGAGGAGAAGAACGCAGCUGCCAAUGCUAAACUCAAACAAAUGGUAAAAGACCAACAAGAGGCAGAAAGGAAAAAAGUAACAUCACAGGAGAUACAGCAAGCUCUGAAAGAUCAAACUGCCAUAAUCCAAGAGAAGAAGGCCUUUGUCAAAGAGGAUCUGGCCAAGGUGGAGCCAGCUGUUAUUGAAGCCCAACAGGCUGUGAAAUCGAUUAAGAAACAACACCUUGUUGAAGUACGAUCCCUUGCCAACCCUCCAGCUGCUGUCAAAAUGGCCGUAGAGUCUAUUUGUGAUUUACUUGGGGAAGCAGACCUCGAUUGGAAAGCACAGAGAGGAAUUUUGAUGCGAGACAAUUUUAUCUCCACUAUUGUUAACUUCACAACUGACGAUAUUACUGAUGAAAUCCGGACGAAAAUGAAGACAAAGUAUCUGACCAACCCAGACUACAACUACGAGAAAGUGAACCGCGCCAGUUUGGCUUGUGGACCUAUGGUCAAAUGGGCUAUAGCUCAGAUCAGCUACGCUGACAUGUUGAAGCGUGUGGAACCUCUGCGGAACGAGCUGCUGGCGCUGGAGAACCAGGCGAAGGAGAACCGGAUGAAGGGAGACGAGGUCAACAAGCUGGUCGUCGAGCUGGAGAGAAGUAUUGCCAAAUACAAGGAGGAGUACGCCAUGCUCAUCAGCCAGGCCCAGGCUAUCAAGGCAGAUCUCGCAUCCGUGGAAGCAAAGGUCCAGAGAAGUGUUUCCCUGUUGAGCAGCCUGAGCAGUGAGAAACAGCGGUGGGAGGCAGGUAGUGAGACGUUCAAGAACCAGAUGGCCACCAUCAUCGGCGACGUGCUGCUCUCGUCGGCAUUCAUGGCGUACGCGGGCUACUUCGACCAGUCAAUGAGACGCAACCUCUUCUCCAUGUGGUGUAACCAGCUGCAGCAGAGCAGCCUGCACUACAGACAAGACCUCGCAAGGACAGAGUACCUGUCCAAUCCUGACGAGAGGCUGCGAUGGCAAGCUAAUGACCUGCCCACUGAUGACCUCUGCACAGAAAAUGCCAUAAUGCUGAAGCGAUUCAACCGCUACCCACUGAUUAUUGACCCAUCAGGUCAAGCCACAAAUUUCCUCUUGAAAGAGUUCAAGGAAAAGAAAAUAACCAAGACUAGCUUCCUGGAUGAUGCUUUUAGGAAGAAUCUUGAAAGUGCAUUGAGAUUUGGAAACCCACUCUUGGUGCAGGAUGUUGAGAAUUACGACCCGAUUCUGAACCCAGUGCUGAACCGUGAACUGCGGCGAACAGGUGGCCGAGUGCUCAUCACUCUCGGAGAUCAGGACAUCGAUCUGUCGCCGUCUUUCACCAUCUUCCUGUCCACCCGAGAUCCUAACGUUGAGUUUCCACCAGACAUCUGUUCACGUGUAACAUUUGUGAACUUCACCGUCACACGAAGCAGUCUGCACAGUCAGUGUCUGAACCAGGUUCUCAAAUCUGAAAGACCUGAUGUUGAUGAAAAGAGGUCUGACCUUCUGAAACUUCAAGGUGAAUUCCAGCUUCGUUUGAGACAACUUGAAAAGUCUUUGCUGCAAGCUCUUAAUGAUGUCAAAGGAAAGAUCCUGGAUGAUGACAGAAUUCUGUCCCAUCUGGAAACAUUGAAAACGGAAGCUGCUGAAGUGGCAAGGAAAGUGGAGGAGACUGACGUGGUGAUGGCUGAAGUGGAGAGAGUUUCUCAGCAGUACAUGCCGCUGGCUAAGUCCUGCAGCAGCAUCUACUUCACACAAGAGGCCCUCAAACAGGUUCAUUUCCUGUAUCAGUAUUCACUGCAUUUCUUCCUGGAAAUUUUCCACGAUGUUCUGAAGUGUUCAGCCUUGAAAAAUGUCAAAGAAUAUGCUCCUAGACUGUCCAUUAUUACAAAGGAAUUAUUCAAGGAAACUUACAGCCGUGUCGGAAGAGGCAUGUUGCAUGAGGAUCGCAUCACCUUUGGAAUACAACUGUGUCGUAUUCAUCUGCAGGGAAUGUCAAGUGAGUCGACAUACACAGAAGAAUUUAAUCAUUUCCUGAGAAGCCAGGAAAAUCUCUUAACAGGAAAACCUUCAAGCUCCAUUCAAGGCCUGAACCCGCAGCAACAAGCCAAUCUUGUGCGACUUAGCAAGAUGCCAGCUUUCAGGAUGCUAGGAAAGAAUAUUCAAGCCAACAUGAAAUGGCUGGAUAGUGACCACCCAGAGUUGGAGGUACCACAGUUAUGGGAAAAGGAGCUUAGUCCAAUUGGUCAAGCAGUGUAUGGUUUGUUGGUAGUCCAGGCAUUCCGACCAGAUCGGUUGGUUGCCAUGGCUCGAGUGUUUGUUGAGAAGACCCUCGGAACGGAGUUUGUUCACGCUGCUGAAAAAGAACUCAAUCUGUCAGAAGUUGUUGAAAAUGAGAUAAAGGCGAACACUCCAGUUCUGAUGUGCUCUAUGCCAGGAUUUGAUGCCAGUGGGCGUGUUGAUGAUCUUGCUGCAGAGCUCGGCAAACAGUUGACAUCAGUUGCUAUCGGUUCUGCCGAGGGUUUCACCCAGGCCGAGAAGGUGAUCAACUCGUCGAGCAAGUCUGGCCGGUGGGUGAUGCUGAAGAACGUUCACCUGGCACCGCAGUGGCUGAUCCAGCUGGAGAAGAAGGUGCACAACCUGACACCGCACACCAACUUCAGGCUUUUCCUCACCAUGGAAAUCAACUCCAAGUUGCCCACCAAUUUACUGCGAGCUGGUCGUGUUGUUGUGUUUGAGCCUCCACCUGGUGUGCCUGCCAACCUUACCAGGACAUUCAGCUCGGUUCCUGCUGCCAGAAUGUGCAAGGCUCCAAAUGAAAGAGCAAGACUGUACUUCCUCUUGGCUUGGCUCCAUGCUAUAAUCCAGGAACGGAUGCGUUACACUCCUCUUGGUUGGUCCAAGAAAUAUGAGUACACAGAGUCUGAUCUCAAAGUGGCAUGUGAUAUGCUGGACGUGUGGAUUAAUUCUGUGGCAAAGGGCCGUACAAACCUGCCACCAGAGAAAGUGCCAUGGGACGCCAUCAGAACUUUACUCUCACAGUGCAUAUAUGGUGGCAAAAUUGACAAUGAAUUUGAUCAGCGAUUGCUAAAUGCAUUUGUUGCCAAGUUGUUCACACCAAAGAGUUUUGAAGGAGAUUUCAAACUGGUGACCAAUGUUGAUGGACAGGAGGGAAAACAUAUUGUCAUGCCUGAUGGUGUCAGGCGAGAACAGUUCAUUCAGUUUGUGGACAACAUGGAAGAUCGACAGACCCCUUCUUGGUUGGGUCUGCCAAACAAUGCAGAAAAUGUUCUUAUGACAACAUAUGGCAGUAACAUGAUUGCUAAGCUGAUGAAGAUGCAGCUACUAGAGGAUGAUGACAUUAUUCCUGAUGCUGAUUCAGACCCAGAGACUAAGAAACUGGCUGAUGGCCGGCCAGCCUGGAUCAGAACCUUGCACGGAUCUGUCACUACUUGGCUUCAACUUGUACCACAACCCAGUGAAGCAGUGACUCUUGGAGCAUUGAAAAGAACUGUGGAAAACAUCAAGGAUCCAUUGUUUCGCUUCUUUGAGCGUGAAGUCAAUGCUGGAGCACGUUUGUUGCAUGAUGUACGACAAGACAUGGAAGAUGUCAUGAAGGUCUGUCAAGGCGAGAAAAAGCCAACCAACCACCAUCGGUCUAUGAUGGCUGACCUCGUUAAAGGAAUCAUUCCCAACUUUUGGCGUCGGUACAACGUGCCUGGAGUACUCACCGUGAUCCAGUGGAUAACCGACUUCAGCGAGCGCAUCAAGCAGUUACAGAAGAUUGUGCACUCCACUCAAGCCAAUGGAACCAAGGAGCUGAAGAAUUUGAAUGUCUGGCUUGGCGGUUUGUUCAUCCCUGAAGCAUACAUCACUGCAACUAGGCAGUACGUAGCACAAGCUAACAGCUGGUCUCUGGAGGAACUUUACCUGGACGUGACUGUUACUGGAGGAAAGUCUGGUUCACUGGAUGCUUGUAGCUUUGGAGUAACAGGAUUGAAACUACAAGGAGCUGUAUGCCAGCAAAACAAACUCCAGCUGUCAUCCACCAUCUCCACUGACUUGCCCUUGACAUUGCUGCGAUGGAUCAGAAAUGACGGCAGUGACCCAUCCAAAUCAAAGGUUGUGCUACCUGUCUAUCUGAAUGCCACAAGAGAGCAGUUGCUGUUCACACUCGACUUUGAAUCUGUGGAUGGACCUGAGGCCAAGGGUUACAGCUUCUAUGAGCGUGGUGUCGCCAUUAUCACCUCAGAUUUGAAUUAGAUACACUUUGAAGACUUUGGACAUUUGUUGUUUAACAAACAAGUUCUUAUUCUAAUAGUUUUUCUGAGGAAAUCAUGAUAUAUAGAUGUGCUUUUGUGGUGGUGUUCUUUUGUGAUUCAACAUUUUGCUGACUAAUUAUGAAAUGGACAAAUUAUGUUUUUCUGUUCUUUGACUUAUUUACAAGUUAGUAAAUAUUUGUUCUUGAAAAUUUAGGCAGAUGCCUUGGUGUUCAUUCUGUGGUGAGAAAUAUGAAAUUCACUGUUAUUUUAAAAGAAAAGAGAGAAUUUGUUAAUUCUGACACCACUGAACUUCGUUUGAUAUUGUAAUAUAGGCUGUAAUUCUGUCAUCAUUUGUUUAAGAUUGUUAACUUUUAUGAUGGGGUAUCAUGUGGUAGUGCUUUUGCUUUUAUUUGUAUAUAUUAUUAUCUCUGAAUAAUUACUAGUAGAGACUGUUUAUAUUAAAAAUAUAUAUAUUGACAAAAUGUGUACCAUAUAAUUUGUUCUUUCAAUCUUAUGGAUACUAUAUGUUUGUUUGACUGUUUUAGACUGAAGACCAGUAUAUGUUUUAAUAUUUGCAUACUAGAUAUUCUGCUUUCAGUGACGGUUUUAGAGUGAUUAAAAGAUAAUAAACCUAAUGGGGGAAAAAAUGCUAAAUAAAUAUUAAUUUAGAAAAUAGUUUUGGAACUUUGUUAUUUAAUUGACGUCUUACAAGCAUAAUGACUAUCCCAAAUACAAAAAUAUUUAGGUAUUGGAUGAAAAUGUGUACCAUGGUCAUGUACUAUCAUGAUGGUGUAAAACAAAUUAAAAUUUCCACAAUAUAAAAUGAGCCAGCAGAUGUGAAAUCUAUUUUAUGUGAAACUUGUUUUGGGCGAUUUACUUUUUGUUUUAAUAUAUGCUUUGUGCUUCUAAUAAAGAAUCUAUAAAAG